AUGAGCCGGCGAGCAUCCGUCCGGUGCCCGGCCCGGCAGCACGGCCACCCGGGCCGGGGAGCGGCACAGGCUCCCGAGCCCGGGCCGCGGCCGAGCGUGGCACAGGGAGCCCUUUCAGGAGGAGUGUGCCCACGGGAGGCACGACCCGUGCCCGUGUCGUCGCCCGCGGAGACCUGGGGCUCCCCAGGCGACGCCGAGGGGGGAGCCCGGGAACAGCCGAGCCCACUUGUUUCCCCUUCUGCAGGCAGCGGCGCGGCGCGGGCCCUCCCUCACGGGGGCACGGCUCAGCUCCCCUCGGCGGGCAGGCCCUCGGCCCUCCGCCCGCUAGCGGCUCCGGGCGGGGCCGGAGGAUACCCCCCCGCCGUGCCGACAGCAGGCUGCAGUGGGCUGAGCCGCCGGGGAGAGCGGCGAGGGCAACGCAAACACCAGCCCGAGCCCGGCCCGGGCGCGGUGCCCGCAGCGGGACCGGGCGGCGGGGCAGCGGCCGCGCUGGCACAGCCCUCCGCCAGCCGGGCCGGCCCGGCCCGAAAAAGGGGCACUGUCUCUUUAAGGCGGCGGCGCAGCCCCAGCCGCCCCCUGCCGGCGGCGGUGCGGCGGGCGGGCGCCGUGCCCGCGGCGCGGGGCGGGCGCGGGCGAGGCCCCUCGGUGCGAGAGGGGCGGCGGCGCGGCGGGUGUGUCCUGCCGCCGCUCGCCCACCCACUCGCCCGCCCCUGUACUGUGGGCUGGGAGCGGGGAGAGGAGGGGACGAGCCGGAGGAGGAGGAGGAAGCGGAGGCGGCUGCGAAUAGCGGGCAAAUGGGGAGCUGAGCGGCUGCAGCAGCACCGCGGCCGCGCAGCAGCAGCAGCGGCGGCGGCGGGCAGGCACGCAGCCGUUUCUUCGCAGGCGCCGAGUGCGAGCGGUAGCCGGGCUGCCCCCGCCGCCCCGAGCUGAUCCUCCUCCUCGCGGGGCGGCCGCUGCCUCUCCGGGCCGGCAC